UAGGAAAUUAUACGACGAAACAGGUAGAAGGGGGUCACCUCAAUGAGACAUGCUGUGCUGUUUGUCCCUGAGGCCAAAAAAAAAAAAAAAAAAAGAAGAACCUUUAGUGCAACCACUCAACUAGACUCCCCCACUCAAUCUUCCCUUCAAAUCUCUUCACAUCUCCCUUCUGCUUGCCACUGAAAUCAGAGCAAACUGGUCCAUUAACAAUCCCAAGCUAUUCAAUCCUCCCUCUUCAACUUCCAUAAGAAACCCACAUGUUGAUUCUCCCAUGUUGAGUCCAAGGUUGAUUUGUUUUCCUAGGAUUGUUUACAUGUCUUAUGGAUUUUUCCAGCGGCCUAGUAUGAGUCCUAGAACUUCACUGAGAAAGAUAUGGUUAAUUCAGCAUGAACUCUGAAUCCUAGGAUUUAUGUUCUUUCACCUAUCUUGUUUAAGUGGAUUUCUCCAGAACUGUUAACGGAAAAUAUGGGAAUCGACCUCUGCUCGGAGAAUUCAAGCAUGAGUCCAAGGAUUUCAUUCUCCCAUGAUCUCUCCCUCUCAGACAUCCUGCCCAUAGAGCACCGGCCCUUCCGGUCGAACUCCAUGGGGCCCAACUCGAGCUUCGACUUCGACUUCGUCCCGCUUGAUCAGGAGCCCUCUUCCGCGGACGAGAUCUUCUCAGAUGGGAAAAUCCUCCCGAUCCAGAUCAAGAAGAAGGCAACCGGCGCUUCAUCAUCUGCCUGGAAGGAUCAUCCAAUGCCAGAUGAAUCGAGGAAGCAGGGCGGCGGCUCGAGUGGAGUAAUCAAUACUGAAGCAGAGGAAAAGCCAAGUUUGGGUUCGGGUUCGGGGUCCAAGUCCUUCUGGAGGUUCAAGAGGAGCAGGAGCUUGAACUCUGGGAGUGGCCAUGGAAGAAGCCUGAGCAUAUGCCCUCUGCCUCUCCUGUCAAGGAGCAACUCGACUGGGUCCGCGGCUCCCUACGUGAAGAACUCAACAUUCUCCAAGGAAAACAGUGACAGCAAUUCCAGCAGCAAGAAGCAGUCUCUUAAGAAUGCCAACCUUUCUUCCCCAUUGAAGCCAUCCCAAGCUUCUUCUUCAUCAUCAUCAACAUCUUUCAGUGGCAGUUAUCAGAAGCCGCCACUGAGGAGGGGGAACGGGAUGAAGGUUAAUCCUGUGUUGAAUGUGCCUUCGGGGAAUUUGUUUGGGUUGAGUUCGGUGUUCUUCAGUGGGAAAGACAAGGCCAGUAAGAGGAAGUGAUGUGAUGAUUCGUUUGUUUCCUUGUCUGUUGCUCUCUUUGUUCAUUCCCGCUUGAAUGCAUCCUAUGUGAAGAUUGUGUUAGUUUGAUGAAUGGUGUGCCAUCAGUUCAUUAUAGAAUUCGAAUACUUGAAACGUUCAUUACCCGUUGCAGGUCGGUUGGAAUAUGAACUGAAUUUUGGAACCGUAUGACUAAAGAAGCCGAGGGUCAAAAUACCAUAUGUAGACAUGCCCUUGUUAUAUCAAGAGAAAAAUAUAGUUUUGGUCCUC